CACUUCAACUGAUGACUUUUUGCACCUAGAGUUCUACUUAAGACCUACUGUCACUGACAAAAGGACUUUUUACGUGGAAAAUAUGGACCAACGCUGCAAGUGGAUAAGAGCCUUUGUUCAAAACCCCAACCGGCCCAGCAGCCCACGGCUCAUCCAAUGUAGGAUCCCAGCGCCAGCCUCCCAGAGUGGCUUCCCACCUGGCACUGACCCUGGCUCCUCAGCUGGAAAGCCGCUGAGUCUGGAGAUGGACCAACGCUACAAGUGGACAAGAGCCUUUGUUCCAAACCCCAACCGGCCCAGCAGCCCACGGCUCAUCCAACGUAGGAUCCCAGCGCCAGCCUCCCAGAGUGGCUUCCCACCUGGCACUGACCCUGGCUCCUCAGCUGGAAAGCCGCUGAGUCUGGAGAUGGCACUCAAUGCUCCUCGGCCGUUAUGGGGCGGCCCUAAGCCGCAGUGGGUGAAAAACAUGGAGGUUUGUAUGGAGAGGAGAAAGGAGUUUGGUGGUUGGCACAAAAGUGUCACUGAACCUGCAGGUAAGUCUGACUAUGGUUCCUUCACUAGGCCCCACCAAAAAGCUCCUUUUGGCUCCCCACAUUUCUACAGCUUUUCACCUUUUCCUUCGCCCCGUGGCUCCCCACGUGGGUCUGACCCUGGCUCUCCAAGUGGCCGCCCUUGUGGCCGCCCUUGUGGCUCUAACCCUGGCUCUCCAAAUGGCUCCCCACAUGGCUCCAACCUUGGACUUCCAUGUGGCCCCCCUUGUGGCUUUAACCUUGGCUCUCCAAGUGGUUCCCCACUCGGCUCUAAUCCUGGCUCUCCAAAUGGCUCCCCACAUGGCUCGGACCCUGGCUCUCCAAGUGGCUCCCCACGUGGCUCCAACCCUGGCUCUCCAAAUGGCUCCCCACAUGGCUCGGAGCCUGGCUAUCCAAGUGGCUCCCCACGUGGCUCCAACCCUGGCUCUCCAAAUGGCUCCCCACAUGGCUCGGACCCUGGCUCUCCAUGUGGUUCCCCACGUGGCUCCAACCCUGGCUCUCCAAGUGGUUCCCCAUGUGGCUCCAACCCUGGCUCUCCAGGUGCCUCCCCACAUGGCUCUGACCCUGGCUCUCCAAGUGGCUCUCCAAAUGGCUCCCAACAUGGCUCUGACCCUGGCUCUCCAGGUGCCUCCCCACGUGGCUCUGAGCCUGGUUCUCCAAGUGGCUCCUCACGUGGCCCUAACCCUGGCUCUCCAUGUGGCUCCCCACAUGGCUACGACCCUGGCUCUCCAAGUGGCUCCCCAUGUGGCUCCAACACUGGCUCUCCAAAAGGCUCCCCACAUGGCUCUGACCCUGGCUCUCCAAGUGGCUCUCCAUGUGGCUCUCCAAGUGGCUCCCAACAUGGCUCUGACCCUGGCUCUCCAGGUGCGUCCCCACGUGGCUCUAAGCCUGGUUCUCCAAGUGGCUCCCUACGUGGCCCUAACCCUGGAUCUCUAUGUGGCUCCCCACGUGGCUCUGACCCUGGCUCUCCAUGUGGCUCCCCACAUGGCUAUGACCCUGGCUCUCCAAGUGGCUCCCCACGGGGCUCUCACCCUGGCUCUCCAAGUUGCUCCCCAUGUGGCUCUGACCCUGGCUCUCCUAUUGGCUCCAGUGAGCUUCCACUGUUAUGGAGCAACCCAGAGCUGAAGUGGGUGAAGAACAUGACACUUUUGAUAAAGAGGGGAAAUCCAUUUGGCAGCAAGAGAACCGCUGAACCUGCAGGUAACUCUGACUCUGGCUCUUCAAGUGGCUCCCCUUCUAGCUCUGACUCUGGCUCUUCAAGUGGCUCCCCUUCUAGUUCUGACUCUGGCUCUUCAAGUGGCUCCCCAUGUAGCUCUGACACUGACGGGACCUUGUUAAAGGAGGGAUACUGUAGGCUGUCAGAUGAUCCUACCAAGGCCACUCAAACAACGCUGAAGAGGGUGACCUACUCUGACCAACCUCAGAUACCCACUUCACCUUUAAAAGCACGCCCCUCUAGAAGACCAGAUGCACCCAGUGCACCUCCGCCGUUAUGGAGGGGCCCUGAGCAGAAGUGGGUGAAGAACAUUAAGCUUUUAUUGAAAAGGAGAAACCAGAGCAGGGGGCGCAAGAGAGCCGCUCAACCUGCAGGUAAGUCUGCAGGUAAGCGCUUUUGUCUUUAAUUUCAUUUUUAAUUCAGUUUUUCUGACUUAAUUGUGCUAAACUGAGUUGAAUUUAUUUGAAUAACUUUAAAUUGAAUUGCUUUGAAUCUUUUGAAUUUGUAUUUAAUUAAUUUGAAUUGAUCUGAAUGUAUUUAAAUUGAAUUUAGUAAUUGCUUGGAAUUUAAAUGCUUGGAAUUGCUUUGAAUUAUUUGAUUUGAUUUUUAUUUAUUUGAAUUGAACAGAAUUUAUUUGAAUUGCUUUGAAUUUAAUUGCUUUGAAUUGAUUUGAAUUAUUUGAAUUGCUUUAAACUGAAUUGAUUUGAAUUGGUUUAAACUGAAU